AUCACCGUUCAAUGUUCUGAAACUUCGUGUGAUCCACACAAAUCAUUAGAAGAAGAAGAAUCAAAAAGAAGAAGAAUGAAGCUCAAAGUGUAUACAGAUCGUAUGUCACAGCCAUCUCGUGCUGUCAUCAUAUUCUGCAAGGUGAAUGGAAUACAAUUCGAUGAGAUUCUGAUUUCUUUGGCCAAGCGUCAGCAAUUAGCACCUGAGUUCAAAGAUAUUAAUCCACUGGGGAAAGUUCCAGCUAUUGUUGACGGCAGGCUUAAGCUCUUCGAGAGUCACGCGAUCUUGAUUUAUCUUUCCUCUGCAUUCCCAAGUGUAGCUGAUCAUUGGUACCCUAACGAUCUUUCCAAGAGAGCCAAGAUUCACUCAGUCUUGGAUUGGCAUCACACAAAUUUACGCCCUGGUGCAGCUGGAUAUGUUCUGAAUAGUGUUUUAGCUCCAUCUCUUGGACUUCCUCUGGAUCCGCAAGCAGCUUCUAAAGCCGAUAAGCUACUAACAAAGUCUCUGUCCACUCUAGAGACUUUCUGGCUUAAGGGCAAUGCCAAGUUCUUGCUUGGAAGCAACCAACCAUCUAUAGCUGAUCUGAGCCUUGUAUGUGAACUUACGCAACUGCAGCUUUUGGAUGAGAAAGAUCGUGUUAGAUUGCUCAGUCCUCAUAAGAAAGUUGAACAAUGGAUUGAGAAUACGAGAAAGGCGACAAUGCCUCACUUUGAUGAGGUCCAUGAGAUCCUUUUCAAAGCCAAACAAAGAUUUGAGAAGCAGCGAGAGAUGGGAACCGUACCUAAACCGGGUUUUCAAUCUAAGAUGUAAGAAGAACAAAACUUGUAUUACAAAACCGGGAUCACUAGUUCAUUGAAUAACUCGGUUAUUUACCAUUGCAAUCAAAAUUGAAGAAAUGUAAUGAUUUACUUUGUCAAGGAUUACAUUGACCAGGCUUAA